AUGGCUUUUCGCGGUGAACGCUUCGUUCUCGACCUGGAUGAGGAAUCUGGUGCUCCAGAAGUCCCCUCUCCAUUCUCUCUCGUCGGCGAGAUCCAAGAACGGGCCCCCUCCAACGCCAUUCCUCCCGCUCCUAAACUGCCGACCUCAUCGACUGGAUUCCCUGCCCCUCGCCAGCGCAAACCCUCCUCCUUCAAACAGCGACGAGCAAACCAGUCCACUCCCCCAGCUGCAGCCCCGACUGAACCGACCGUCCAAGAUGAAAAGAAAUCCAUCGACGAAGAGAACCGCCGUCAGCUGGCGGCCAUGUCGGACGCGCAGAUCCAACAGGAGCGAGAGGAGUUGAUGGAACAGAUGGAUCCAGGACUUCUGGAACGAUUUCUACGAAGAGCAAACAUCGAAGAGGAUCGAAAGUCCAAAUUUGAACCGGCACCUGCGGCCGACGAAACAUCCAAACCCAAAAAAUCCGUUUCGUUCGACAUUCCUCCGUCUGCACCGGUUCCUGCACCAAGCGCACAAUCUCAUUCUAUACCAAAACCAUCACCCAAGCCGCAUCCCCGUAAUGAAGAUCUCGCUCCACCCUCCCUCCCAGAAGAUCUCCACCCGGCCUCCGAACGGCCUUCCCUUGACCCAGCUACUAUCGAAACCUUCCACUUCCCCCAGCCAACAGCGCCAAUGCCAGUCCUGGACCCAUCUUCACCGUCUUUCCUAUCAGAUCUCCAGUCACACUACUUCCCCGAGAUAGCCCAAGACCCAUCAACGCUCUCCUGGUUGCAGCCCCUCUCAGCCGACGAAGAAGACCCAGACUCGACGUCGGCCUACCAUCCAGCCAGCAACGCCAUCUCAAUGGCGCCCUCCGCAAUCCGCUUCUCGCUAAGAGGCACCAUUCUUGCUCCCGAAACAUCCCUCUCCCUCCCGACAACCAUGGGCUUGCACCAUCACGGCGAGGAUCCGCAUGCCGCGGGCUACACGAUCCCCGAGCUGGCGAUUCUGUCACGCUCGACGUUCCCCGCUCAGCGAUGCAUUGCGUGGCAGGUCAUCGGUCGGAUUUUAUUCCGUCUCGGUCGAGCUGAGUUUGGAGAACGGGGCGGGCAGCUGUCCGAUGGACUAUGGUUUGUUAUUGAAAAGGAGGGCAUUGUUGCUGGUAUGCUUGCCGAGGCCGAUGGCGCUGCUGGUCAGACCCAGGGUAGAGACAAGAGCAAGAAUACGAAAGAUGAGGAGGGCGGUAACUUGCCUCUUGCGUCCGGUGUUGGUCGUCAUGCUAGUGCUGCUGCAUGGGCAGUUGAGGGUAUCUGGUUGUGGCAGAAGGGCGGUGGUGGUGACCGUGGGUUGUUGAAGGAAGGCCAGCAUCGGUCUCUAUAG